UGCGGUUUCGGCUAGAAGGGAUCAGAACUGCAUCAGGAAGGAAGGGUUUCAUGGAUUCUAUACGAGUGGUCAUCGCGGCGCUGCUCCUUACAGGUUUUCCAGGUUGGUAGACACCCUGAUCCAGAGACUCGAACCCUAACGGCUGCAUACCUCAUGCGAGUGGUGCUGUGGUUGAUCCUCCCGUACCAGUGCACUCCCGCAGACUGAUUGUUGCAUACACCACCAACUGUCCAUUACCUGGGAACCGACACGUGUCUUCAGCAAGCCUUGUGCAAUUCAACGCGCUCUACAAUCAUAUCUGAGAAGAGCUACGAGCAACCACGUGGGUAACUUCACGUCAUUUGCGAACUCAUCAACAACCGUUUUGGCAUCCAGCGCGGCACGGCAACACUGAUACCUACAAGUGCAUAUAAAGGCGUCGACGGGUAAAGGACCGGCAGUGGGCUCUGCGAAUCCAGAAUGUGGAUUGCCGUUAAUAAGUUCCUUCUGUUUAUGCAGCUUUCAGCACCCAUUUGAAGUGAGCUGGUGACCUUGACAAGAAAGCCGGCUGUAUCUGGUGGGCUGCCUCCGUGCGCAACGCUACAUCUCAUCAACCAUGUUUGGUAGGAUACUUAUUUCUACCAAAAGUAAUAUGACUUGCCUCUUUUUACAGGCGUUGCCUGGUGCGUCAUCGAGGUAACGUAUCAUUUCAUAGUUCAAGUUUCCGAUGCUUAGUGUGUUUUUAACUUUUUCUUUUAUAGGUCUCAUGAAAGAGCACGUUGAGAAGAAGUGGUGGAGAGACUCCUUUCCUCCACAGAGGUUACAUCUGUUUACGGCGUGUAAGAUUUUUGCGACAUGCUCAACGUUGUCAACAAUUACCGCGACGUCAUCGGGAAAUGCCAGUACUGGUGUUGUCUUACCUACUGAAGUGUUCUUGCAUAUUAGCGUAAUGCGGCUUCUUUUGAAAGAGUCCGGUGGUACCGCGACUUCAUCCUCGAGAUCUGUAGUGUCUGGAAUGACGUCGAGUGCGGGCACCAGUACCUUCGGGUAGCCCAAGGCCACUGCAAAGGUCCUCUGCCUACACUCGGCUACCGGGUGAUCGCCUCGACAUCGCGGGCAGGGGUCAGUGGACGACGCGUGACCGAAUAUUCCACAACGUGUACAUUUUGGUGUGUUGCAAUUACUAUUUAGAUGACCCUGCCGUCCGAACUUCCGGCACACACGAGUGACUCCCUGGUACACGCACUGCACGAGAAAGCUGCGGUUCGCGACGUUGACCUUUAGGUAAUUUGGGACGCUCUUUUCCAUUUCCAUGUAAACUUGAAAGAUGCCACUCCCCCAUUGCUUGUGCUUUUUAUACCUGGCCUUUUCUACUUUUACAACUUUUCCAUACUGGGCCAACGCACUUUCCAAGAAGCUACUGUGUUCAUCUACAGGGUAGUAAAACACCGAUAUUCUAGUGGUUCGGUAUCCCAAAUAGUUCAGUCUAUAUUCUGUGCCUCUAACCACUAUGGUAGGAUCUUUUGCCAAGUCCUGGGCGAUCUUUUCACUCUUUGUUUUAAUUUCAUAGCGGCCGAAGCCCUAGUGAGACACUCUUUCAUAGUCCUCAUACCUUCUCUUGGUUACAAUGCCCCCGCGAGGUCAUCAAGUACGACUCCUCGUGGUAGGGCAAUAGUAAAAACCAGCGGCCUGACCGCCCUAAUCUGGUUCAUUUUAGUUUACUAGAGCGAAAAACGACUAGGAAAAUAAAUACGGAAAACUACUUACCGAUUUACGUUGUUUAGUGGUGUUAAUCCAGCGUCGUCAAUCCGCUAGUAGCACUCUCUCCGCACACAACACGAAAACCGAGUCUUUUCUCGGAAAAACGCAGGUGGGCGGCUGUCGCGCCUAGCAUGAGCAGCGCCAACAAUUAUCAAAAGGACGAUAAGCACUCACAUCUCUCCACUCGGAAAGUUGAACGAAGGGGAACCCAACAGAUAAGCUACGCUUGAGAUUUACGCGGCUCUUUGCUCAUUGAAGAUUACCCUACAACAAUCCGAGGAAGCAGAGGUGGCAUGAUGGCAGUGCUUCCAGCAACGUACUCGGAGAGGAAGCCCAGUGCGAAGCCAGUAAAGUAUUAAGUGAAGAAAAUUAGCAAAUACUCAUUGGCUGCAACGUUGAACAUAUGUUUAUAAGUCCUAAACGUCGCCGCACAAGCAUUGGACAGCUGUUUCGGACUUAAUGGGCCUUCAUCAGCAAUGCGUAGGUAGGCGACGUUUGAGCGAGUGGCGUGGGAAGGUCACGUGGAACGUGAUGUUCUCCCGUCACGGUGAGAAACUCACCUCUGAAAGCCCAGUGCGAAGCAAGUAAAGUAUUAAGUGGAAAAAAUAGCAGAGGCUAUUUGGCUGCACGUUGAACAUAUGUUUAUAAGUCCCAAACGUCGCCACACCAGCAUUGGACAGCUUUCACCGUGUUUGCGGCUCGUCAGCUGUGGGUAGCUGCGCAUCGUUCGGAAUUGGCAAACAAGGGGUCGCUCAUAGUUUGCCAAUUUCGAACGAUGCGCAGCUACCCAUACCGCAAACACGGCGAAACACGUGUCCUCUGGUGCCGUCGCAUCGUUCCAUGAGUAUAUAUAUAUAUAUAUAUAUAUAUAUAUAUAUAUAUAUAAGUGAAGAAAAAACCUCCCCACUCUCCAAGGCCAAAAUAAGGUUGUUGUUGUUGUUGUUCCCUUCAUCAUUCAUUUAUUCAUUCGUUCAUUUGUUUAUUUUCGGGACUUCCUUUCGUGUUGAGCCACUGCGCAGUAAGAUGGACGCGAAAGUUUUGGAUGACGUAUUAUUUUUGCGCACGAGCGGAGAUUUUUGAAACUUAAAGGCACGUAUUUUCGCCACCUAUAGAGACAUCUACUGGCGGUGUAUAAGACUCGUGACGAACUUUGCAUUAAAGUCUUUAGCCUUUGUGUUUGA